AUGCAAAACCAGACUGUACAAGAAAAAGUGGCAUUUAGCCAGAAUGCUAUAACACCCUCUUCAUUGAUUUGGUUUGCUCCAAAUCAUCCAAAGUUUAUGAUACUUUGGAAGAUCAGAAAAACUGAUGUAAAAAAACAAAUGUUGAGGAGUCUCAAUCCAUGUGGGAGACUGCAGAGUCCCCUUUCUCAUAAUAUUGUUCUUCUCUGUUGGACUUUGGUUUUUCUUCUACACUAUUCUGCCAAUAUGAUGUCCUCUACAUUGGUGGAAACUGUUUCAAUCAAUUACGAAGACUUCAAUGAUAGUUUUCUGACAUGCGGGACAUGUCUGUGCAUCUAUGACAGCACCGAGCAUUCCCCUAAGCUGCUUCCUUGCUCCCACACGGUGUGCAAGAGUUGCUUAGUGAGCAUUGUUGAUGCCCAAGUCCAUGACACGGGAACAUUUCGUUGUCCUAUCUGCCGAGAAACAAUUGGCAUACCACGGGGAGGGGUGACAUCGUUUCCUCCUAGUUUCAUUGUUAACCAACUGCUAGAUCUGAUGUCACAGCAACGUCGUGAUGUGAUACCUAAAUGUUCCAAUCACCCUUCCCAAGAGUUACUGUUCUGUGAAACAUGUGAUACUGUAUUCUGCACACUGUGCACUGGAGGUGAGCAUAAUGGCAAGGGUGCCAGUGAGCACACUGUGAUACCUUUCUCCAUAGCAAUCAAGCGAAUGUCCGAAAUACUUCUCUACAAAGCCCAUCUGUGCAUUCGGAACCUGACAACUGCUUAUGACAACGUGUCCGGUGAAAUGUUGCGUCUUGAGUCAAGUGUCGAACGAACCAUAGAAAACAUAAAUCGCACUUUCCAAGAUCUCAUUAAUUUAAUUGACAAAAGAAGGCAUGAAGUUCUGCAGAAGGUUCGCAAAAUCCGCGAGCACAAGAAAGCAGAUUUAAAAGAACAAUUGGAUCUGAUCCAAGCCGAGAAAGAGAAAGUUCAAAAUGAAUGUGACGGUCUGCAGUACCAAGUUGAAGUACGGAACAUUACCAAGAAGAUUGGAGAUUUAAACGAGAAGCUAGAUGCUACAAGCACACUGGGUGAACCCCGAGAGAAUCAUUUCAUCAAAUGUGAGUUCCGACACAAUACAGCAUACAAGGAUAUAUCCAAUGCUCUUGCCAAUUUUGGUUGCAUCAAAGUUAGUACCACGUUUCCUGCACUCUCUACAGCAAAGAUCAGUAAAGCUAUUACUCAUUUGCGCUCUUCAGUGACCGUAACUACCGUUGAUUACCAUGGCAACCCUCGAACAACAGGCUCUGAUCCCGUUGUUUCUGAAUUACGUUCAGAGACGGGUGAGCAGAUUGAGACCAGAAUUCGUGAUAAAGAUGACGGGACAUAUGAAAUAACAUUUGUCCCUCCAAAAGCUGGUAAAAUGAAAUUGUAUAUCAGCAUAUUUGACCGGUCCAUCAAAGACAGUCCAUACACUAUUGAAGUUUCUGACCACAACAAUCCAGCAUGGAAAUUUGGUUGUCGGGGAACAGGAUUGGACAAUUUCAUUCAGCCAGUGCGUGUAGUGACGGAUAAAGAAGGUUCUAUCUUUGUCUCGGACACAGGUAACAGUCGCAUCAAAGUGUUGAAUAGUUGCGUCGAGCUUGAACGACAUAUUACGUCUGAGGCUCUUGAGAAGCAGAGUGGUAUUGGAGUGUGUGUGACCCCUACUGGCAACCUCACCACCGUCAACUGGCGUACCAAGACUGUAUACACCCUCAGCAAUGAGGGUGAACUACUUUCCAAAUUUACCUCAAAACUCUUUCAGGAACCAAUUGAUGUAGCAGUAAAUAGUAAAGGUGAUAUUAUUGUGGGAGACAUGGGGGCAGCCAAGGUGUUUAUGUUUGAUGCAGAAGGUAAUCUUUUGUUGCAGUUUGGCAAAAAAGGGGACAAAGAGGGCCAGUUUAAAUUAUUAACCUCUGUUACUGUUGGCUGCAAUGAUGAAAUUUUGGUGGCCGAUCACCGAAUACAGAUCUUUGAUAAGAACGGCAAAUUCUUGCGCCAGGUUGUCAAUACUGGCAAAGGACAGCAACAACUGUUUGAAAAAAUUCCGUUACAAGUGAAUGAAUGUUCACUGAAGCUUCCAGUCUACCCCCCCGUGGGCCAUUGA